GCAUUUCCUGUGGGGGCGGGUGGUGAUAAAGCAAGGAUGGUUGCUGAGUUGUCUCUUCAAUCCCCGAUCUAAAUUAGGUACGGAGGGGUUUCACGCGGUUUUUGCGGACACAUUUCAUGGUGUUAAACGCAUCUGGAUCCGUUUGCCCCCGACGCAAAUUCAAUUUUACCUAUUUACCAUAUUCCACUAAGCGACGAAAUAUGGUUUAAGAAGAGGAGUGAACCGAUUGGUUAUAUUUUCCAAGAAAAAGUAUCCAGCAAGACGUAGAAGAGUUCAUUGGGUUUUUUUAAAGGAUUGUGCGGAACACCUCGUCACCACAUCACGUAUGUCGCUUUAAACGCGGGAAGACUACGAUCUGGUUUCGCUGAAAGCGUUUUAAGUGUCUUGUGGCAUUUGCUGUGUCACUGUAUCUUUUGCCUGGAUAUUGCUCAACAAAUGGACCUGAAAGUACUUUUUAUAGCAACUCUCUCGGGGAUAAUUUGUUACAGCUGUGCCCAGCAUGAGGGGAAUGACUGCAUCAAGGCCAAUGCGAGAUCCUGUGGGGAAUGCAUUCAAGUUGGAGAGAAGUGCGGGUGGUGUACAGACCCUGUCUUCCUGAAGCAGGGAGAGCCCACGUCGGCCCGCUGCGACGAGCUGGAGUCGCUGAAGAAGAAGGGCUGUAAUAUGACUCUCAUAGAGAACCCCCGUGGGAGUCACACCUUCGACAAGAACGUGUCGGUCACCGACCGCAGUAAGAGCGGGGCGGAGAAAAUCGACCCCAAGGACAUCACACAGAUCCAGCCACAGAAGAUCACCCUCAACCUCCGAUCUGGUGAAGCCCAGUCAUUUAAUCUCAAGUUCAAAAGGGCAGAAGACUACCCCAUUGAUCUGUACUACCUUAUGGACCUCUCAUUCUCCAUGAAAGAUGAUUUGGAAAAUGUUAAAAACCUGGGAACAAGUCUGAUGAUAGAAAUGUCAAAGAUUACCUCAGAUUUCAAAAUUGGGUUUGGCUCCUUUGUGGAGAAGACUGUCAUGCCCUACAUCAGUACCACCCCAGCCAAGCUCCUGAACCCCUGCACUGGUGACCAGAACUGCACCAGCCCCUUCAGCUACAAGAAUGUGCUCAAACUCACCAGCGACGGAAAACAGUUCAAUACUCUGGUGGGCCAGCAACAGAUCUCUGGGAACCUGGACUCACCUGAGGGUGGCUUCGACGCCAUCAUGCAAGUAGCAGUCUGUGGCGAUGCAAUUGGCUGGAGGAAUGUGACCCGCCUACUCGUAUUCUCCACCGACGCCGGCUUCCACUUCGCAGGAGAUGGGAAACUGGGCGGGAUCGUGCUGCCCAACGAUGGGAAAUGCCACCUGGAGAACAACAUGUACACGAUGAGUCACUACUAUGACUAUCCCUCAAUCGCUCACCUGGUCCAGAAACUCAGCGACAACAACAUUCAGACCAUUUUUGCCGUCACUGAGGAGUUCCAGCCAGUUUACAAGGAACUGAAGAAUCUCAUUCCGAAGUCCGCUGUUGGGACUCUAUCCGCCAACUCCAGCAAUGUGAUCAAUCUCAUUAUUGAUGCUUACAAUUCCCUGUCCUCAGAGGUGAUUUUGGAGAACAGCAAGCUUCCCGAAGGGGUGACCAUCACAUACCAGUCCCACUGUAAGAAUGGCCUGGUGGGAGAAGGAGACAAUGGCAGAAAGUGUUCCAACAUCUCCAUCGGUGACGAGGUGUCAUUCAAAAUCAGCGUCCAAGCACACAAGUGUCCGAAGCAGGGCCAGUCGGAGGUCAUCAAGAUCAAACCCCUUGGCUUCACAGAGGAGGUGGAGAUUGUCCUCAACUUCAUAUGCGAGUGCUCGUGCCAGGCCGAUGGAGAGAAGGACAGCCCCAUCUGUCACAACGGGAAUGGAACAUUUGAGUGUGGAGCCUGCAGGUGCAAUGAGGGGCGCAUUGGCAGACAGUGUGAGUGCAGCACCGACGACGUCAACAGCGACGACCUGGAUGCCAACUGCCGGCGGGACAACGGCACCGAAAUCUGCAGCAACAACGGGGACUGCAUAUGCGGCGCGUGUGAGUGCAAGAAGAGGGAGAACCCAGAGGAGCGCUACAGCGGCAAGUACUGCGAGUGCGACAACUUCAACUGCGACCGCUCCAACAACAAGCUCUGCGGAGGGCACGGCCGCUGCGAGUGCCGGGUGUGCAUCUGCGACGCCAACUACACGGGCAGCGCCUGCGACUGCUCCAUGGACACCACCACCUGCCUGGCCUCCAACAAGCAGGUCUGCAAUGGGCGGGGCACUUGCGAAUGCGGCACCUGCAAGUGCACCGACCCCAAGUUCCAGGGCCCCACCUGUGAGAUCUGCCCCACCUGCCCCGGGGUCUGCGCAGAGCACAAGGAGUGCGUGCAGUGCCGGGCCUUCGGGACGGGUGAGAAGAAGGACACGUGCGAGAGGGACUGCAGCUACUUCAACCUGAUCAAGGUGAAGGACAGGGACAAGCUGCCCCAGCCCGUGCAGGCCUUCCCCCUCAUGCACUGCAAGGAGCGCGAUGCCAACGACUGCUGGUUCUACUACACCUACGCUGUCAACAACAACACCGAGAAGGAGGUCCACGUGGUGGAGACACUCGAGUGCCCUACGGGUCCCGACAUCAUCCCCAUUGUAGCGGGCGUGGUGGCGGGCAUCGUGCUGAUCGGCCUGGCGCUGCUGCUCAUCUGGAAGCUGCUCAUGAUCAUCCACGACAGGCGGGAGUUCGCCAAGUUUGAGAAGGAGAAGAUGAAUGCCAGAUGGGACACGCAAGAUAAUCCCAUAUACAAGAGUCCUAUUAAUAAGUUCCAGAAUCCACACUAUGGACGCAAAGCUGUGGCGCUAUAAGUUCUGAGGCGAGAAUCCCAUCUACAAGAGUGCCGUGACAACUGUGGUCAAUCCCAAAUACGAGGGCAAAUGACGGAGCCUCUGUUCUCUCAUCACAACACUGUAUGCAAAAUAGUCCAGGGCAGGGGAGGGGCAAGGGCGAGUUUGUUUUUUGUUUUUUUUUUUGUUUUUUUUUGUUUUGGGUUUUUUUUUUGUUUGUUUGUUUGUUUGUUUUUUUACAUUUUCUCAAUUUCCUUUGUUUUUGUAGACACAGUAUAAUAGCAUUGUGUCACUCUUUCUGUAUGUUUUACUAACCGUAGUUUUUUUUUGUUUGUUUUUUCUAUGCAUCAUUUGAAAAAAAAGAAAUGUACAGUAUGUGUAAACAUGAAUUUACUUUUGUUGAUGAUCCUUUUAAAUGUUUUAACUGAACUUGUUUUUUUGCCACAGGACUGGCAAGGACAGUUAUGGUCAUAUUGUGCCUUUCACAGAACACAACCCGUAUGGACAUGAGAGAUUCGUUCUAUGCAUGGACUUUUAGCUAUCGGGAAUGUCAGACGGGACCUGAGUUUAGAACAAAGACGUGUAGUGUUGCGCAUUGUGAUAUGGCUGCCCCCUGAACAGCCAUACAAUGGUGCAGUGUGGGGUUGUGUGUAUGUAGAUUCUGUUCUGAAUAAAGAUGGAAAUAAGUUGGGAGUAGAUUAUUGUUUCUGUUUUUUUAUUAUUAUUAUUAUUAUUGAAACAUUCAAUGGAAAUGUUAAAAUGUGUGGGGAAAUAUUUGUCAGCGGAAUCAUGUCAAUGAAAAUUUAUAACAGGCAGCAGUAUUCUGGAAGUAGGUAGAAAUUGCUUAUAUACAAACUCAGGUCCUUUUCUGUGUUCAAAUUCGAAGCUAUACCAAAUAGCUGCCUUAUUUGCAAGACUCAUGCCUUAUUUCAAUUGUUUUGCAUCAACCACCUUAAGCGAACUUGUUUCUGAAAGGGUACAGAAUGUUUCAAUGGUCAGAGCUUGCUUGUUUGUUUUUUUGUACUGUUUAUUAUGUGCAUUCUGAAGUGAAGAGGCUUGGUUAUUCUUUUCCACAUGAGAGCUCAGAAUGAACCAACGCAUUAUUGUUUGAAGAUCAGUGUUAAGGGAAACGGCCUCUUGGACUCUUAAAGACUUUAACGGCACAUUUACUCCACGCCUUGUGUUCCUGUUUUAAAGUGCCUUUUUGUUUCUGCAUUAUGUUCACUUUUGCAAUACUGUCUCUGAACUUAUUUAUUAAAGUACCAAAAAACAACCA